AAGGAGAACUUUAUUGACACAACCUGCGCGCACAAAGAUCAGCCCAGGGUUGUCCUUCAGCCUGAGCUAUCCACACAGCCUUCACUCGAGCAUAUUCCUGGCACACCUGGAGUAAAGGUCACCUUGCGUUAAAGGAAACUACACCGCCGUGGACCAUGGCGGCAAGGAUUUUGCCCGUAGUGAAGCUGGCCACCAAGGUGACCAUCGCGGGAGGAGCUCUGUACAUCGCCUGUGACUCCGGUCUGUUGGGAAGCAGUGAGCAGGGCUCCGAGGCACUGAACAAGGCCAAGGCUGCAGUCCCCCCCGCAGUAGAAGAAUGGAUGAAGUACUUUGGCCUGGAGACUCGGCUUCCAACCAUACCUAAGGUGGAAUUCUCCCCAGUUGAGGCGUGGAACUCUGGGGUGCGGCGGUCGAUUUCAUCUCUUUCGGAGGCUCCAACAAAAGCAACUCAAUACACAAAUCAGGGAUUGCAGUAUCUAAAAGAGCUCACCAAGUGAACAGGAACUCUGCGGACAACAUGACGUCUAUCAAUCUUUUUUUUUGAGUUUUGCACGGUACUUCUUCACAAGUCGUUCCCUCCCGAGAAAGAAGACACACCCAAACAUUUAAAGAAGUUGUAGGCAACUGCAUCAUGGGGAGCAGCUGCCGGGGUUGUUUAAAUGAUUUUGGCAUUGAAUUGUACAUAAUGCUAGGAAGCUACAUUUGUUUUAAAAACUC